AUUCUCGCCGUUGUAAAAGUGCAUCUAGGUCGGUCGGCAUAGCGGCGCGUCGCGUCGGUUUAGUGCGACGCGAUCCUCGGCUAGACGUAGGGCAGGUCGGUGAGCUGCGUUGCAUAAUGCGCUGCGAGCACAGUCAGGCACGCCGCCCGCCGGGGCCUGCUCCCGCGUAGCCAGCCCGCAAUCAGCGGAGCCAGCCGAGCUAGCCGGGCUAGCCCAGCCAGCCAGCCGAGCCAGCCAGCCAAUAGCCGCGGCCAGUCAGUCGAGCCGUCAUGAGACCGGUGCGCUGGCUGCCACCGCUCGUCCCACUGCUGGCGCUCCGCAUAUUGCUGGAGUACCUCAAGUCGCUCGACAUCGCUCUUGUUCCUUAGGCCGUUCGGUCUUUAUUUAAUUAAAUCAUUCACAUCAAAGACAAUCAUUUUGUAUUCGGAACUAUUCACAGUACUGGCAAGUUAAAGUUUAAGGAAGAAUGAAUUGUAAUACGUUUUUUUUACUGAUCAAUAAAUAAUUAAAGGAUAGAUUUGAUCAUCAAAAUGAGGCUGUCUACAAGUGAAGAGAUACCAUCAACAACAGUCGGCCGCACAGCCAGCCCCGGCGCGGGCGCUGUCGGCGCGGUGGGUGCUUCGGAAUCAUAUGACGUCACACGCAUGCGUGAAGAAGAGUUUGAAAGGCUCACAGUAUACAUAGUACCCGACGUGCCAUGUGAACGAGGAGUGACAAACAGAGCAGAGAGAACGCUCCCUCGGAGUUUGGCACUGAGGCCAUCUGCAGUUCUAUCUACACCCAACACACCGACGGAAGGAGUCUGGAGUAAGGGAGUUAUACCCCGCGGUACGAGAUUCGGACCAUUUGAAGGCACACGAACACCUAAUAAACCAAAUGACAAAGUUUCGUGGCGAUAUUAUUGGAGGGUACAAGAAACUGUCAGACAUCAUACUUAUGGAAAUAUUAAGAUAUUCAAAGAUAGUGACUAUUAUUACCUUGAUGGAUCGGAUACCAGCGUCGCUAACUGGAUGAGAUAUGUCGCCUCAGCAUAUUCCCUUUCCGUCAUGAAUCUCGUUGCUUGUCAACAUCAAGAACACAUUUACUUUUACACAAUCAGAGACAUUAUGCCUAAUGAAGAACUUAUGGUAUGGUACUGCAAGGAUUUUGCUACAAGGCUUGGUUAUGACAUUGAUCCUGAAAGAGCAACUUAUUCAAUAUGCAAGGAAGAAACAAUAAAAAAGGCUUACGGAUUGCCACCUGCCCCUGUACAUCCUGAGAUUGCUUUUAACCACAUGAAAUAUGUUCUCGGUCUGACAAACGCUAAAGAUCUUUUAGAGGCAGAAAUUCCGAGCAGGAGAAGAAAAAGAGAAGCGAGUGAUAAAUCACUACACGAAGAUCAAAUCAUGUUACCUCGUGAAGAUCCCAGAAAUGUAAUAAAAAAUGAGAGAUCUAUCGUAAGGUCAGAUAUCGCCACAAAUUUCAUACACCCGAAAUCAGAGAGCCCAAAUCAUAACGAACAUCACUCACUAUCACCUAGCAACUUAAUGCAGCCUCCAUCACCGGUUAAAAUGCAUAGAGAUAAUCAAACGUUAAUAAUUCAUCAGCACAAAGAAAGCACAUCGCAUGUUGUUAUACAUCAACUUGAUAAUUCAAGAUCACAUAGCAAUCGAUCCCCUGCUCAAAUUCAACAUACGAGGGAUAUUAGAGGACCAUCUCCGUUAUCACAAAAUAAUCAAGACAAACUUGGAAGUAAAUCUCCCAGUUUUCCUCAUUGUGUACCAUCACAUUAUGAGCACCAACUGACACCUACUGAUGGUUCAGUUCGGUCAGAUGAAGGUUAUCAUAGCAAUGGAUAUCACGAUGAAUUUACUCCCCCAGAAGACUCGAGUGACUCCGAUGUCGAAAAUUAUGUACUAGACUGUUCAAAUAAAACAAAUGAACCAAAAGAAACUGUUAUUGUUCAAAAAAUUGAUCAGGAUAUGCAUAGAAAUGAAUACAGAAAAGUUAAAAUAAAAAUGCCCAGAGCUUAUCAAUACCAGAAUCACAAAGAUAUGGAUUGUGAAAGUGAAAAAGAAAUGAUUAUAGCCGAGGACGUUAUGCACACCUCGCCUCAAAAUUUAUCUCCAACCCGAAGAGAUCCUGCUAGUUCUACGGUUAUCGUUCUAGAGUCCUCUCAAAACACAGUAGUACCUUUAAAUAAGCCUUACUAUGAAGACGGUACAUUAUCGCCUUCACCACAGCCAGCUUUUAUGAGAUACUCGCCCCCAGAUACAAGAAUACUUGAAACAAUCCUGACCGGAAAUAGGAUUGAUACAAAUAAUAAUGACCCAAAUAGAAGACAACCAAAUGCUACUCCACCACCAUCAUCGCCCACAGAGAUGGCGUACUCUUACAAGAAAAGUCAGAGAUAUGGCAAUGCUUGCAGCCCUGAUUCCAGUUCAAACCUAACGCCUCUACCAUCUUUACUGCCGUUACCACAACAGUUACCUACACCUAAUUCAGUUUCGGUUUAUUCUUCUUCGCCUCCUCAUACUAUUCCUCAUACUACAGAAAUUCGUGAAAUACGAGAAAUAAGGGAAAUAAGAGAAACGCGAUAUGAAAGCCACUAUCCUAAUUACUCUUACAGUUUAUAUUCUCCACCUAACUCUACAAUAAUAACACAACUGGGAUCGCCACCGACUACUUACUCUCCUACAAUUUCAUCUUCUCAUCAAUAUGAAAGGGCUCCAAAUGGGCAAGCUAAUCACCAUUAUCCAUCUUCGACUAGUGUUAUAACUUUGAAAAAUUGCUCUCAAUUGAGCUUGAUUCAAAAUUCUAAUAUUAAUGGGCAGUUGGUACCACAACAUAGUAGUCUAAGUCCUGAUGGAACAUGCAGUCUAAUUGCACCUAUGAGCCCUAAUUCACAAUCGUCUCGUGGAUAUAGAAGUCUACCCUACCCAUUAAAGAAAAAGGACGGGAAAAUGCAUUACGAGUGCAACGUAUGCUGCAAAACAUUUGGACAACUAUCUAAUUUAAAGGUCCAUUUACGAACACAUUCUGGGGAAAGACCUUUCAAAUGCAACGUUUGCAAUAAAUCCUUCACACAACUGGCUCACCUUCAAAAGCAUCACUUAGUACAUACCGGAGAAAAACCACAUCAAUGUGAUAUUUGUAAAAAACGAUUUUCAUCUACAUCUAAUUUAAAAACACACCUGCGGUUACAUUCAGGACAGAAACCAUAUGCUUGUGAUCUCUGUAUGCAAAAAUUCACACAAUUUGUCCAUUUAAAACUUCACAAGCGACUGCACACAAAUGACAGGCCAUACGUUUGUCAAGGAUGUGACAAAAAAUACAUCAGUGCCUCCGGACUACGAACUCACUGGAAAACGACAAGUUGUAAGCCCAACAAUAUUGAGGAAGUUCUCGCCAUCACGAAUGCAGCAAACACCGAAUGCAUAGGUAACAUCGACAAAGACUGCCAAGAAAGAGAGGGGCACGAAGCAUAUGAAGUCCACUCUGCUACGCAGGGAGGACUGGUGGGAACCGGUGGGGCAAGAGUGUCAAUUUCGCACAGUGAAGCAAUAAUGGGUGGGCAAGCGCACACCACCACACCGCAUCUAGCAGGCCAUGGGCAGCUUUCACCAGGCCCGGGUGUUUCACAAUAUCGUGGAUUAAUGCCUCCUGCUGAUCAUGAACAACAACACUACGGUUCAGCUCAGAGCGAGUCCCGGCCGAGUGUUAUAGAAUCAAACCAACCGCUCAUCAUAGAGUGCACUUGAUUAUCACAACCAAUGCUGCUUCAGCCGCAGCCAUCUCGUCGGACGUAAUUUUCCCCGCCGUAUUGGGUGAUUCCAGACUUGUGAUCAACCGAAAGUAUUUUAAUGUGAAAUAACAAUCGUGAUUAAUCAUCUGGAUCGUGUUAUAUAAGGCUAUGAGAUUAGAUACGAACAUUUACUACUAGGCUUUUGUAUUUAUAGCGUUAGUACGUUGUAUACGUAUAAGUACUAAGUACUGUAUUGUAUGCAUUAAAUUUAGAAAGUAAGCCUACUUUAUUAAGCUUUGGUUUAUUUUUAUUAGGGUCUGCAACUUCCCCUUGAUACUAAUGCUCAAAUGUUUUUUUUUUAUUCUAUUGUAAAUAGUACAUUCUGACAUCGACUAAUAUAAUUUAUGUGAGAGUGUUUUUUUUUAAUGUAAAUAUCUUGUAAAUAUUUAAAUAUAAUUUUUUUUAUUAUAUCUUACACUAUCAUAGUAAGUGUCGUAUAAAACCUGCAGAUACUAUGUAGUUGUUAUCUUUGUAUUUGAUUAGCAGCAAUACAUCGUUAUAACGUGAAUUGCUUAAAUUUCACCAAAGAAGGUCUUAGCAGCAGUUCAUACCAUAUACAUCGGAUUUAAUAUUUUCAAACAACUCCAAAACAACGUACACAAUCAAGACAUAAACAGUUUCAAAUAAAAUCAUCCCAUUUUUCCAUUAUAUUAUGAAUCCUAGAAUGUUUAUCUCAAAUUAGUAGUUAAGUGCCAAAAGCGCGUUAAUAUUUUAAUAAUUUAAGUUGUCUAAUGACAUAUUCGUAAAGUAUUUUUAAAACGUUGUUCCUAAUGAAUUAUCGGAGUACGCGCGUAUAUGCAUCAAAUUAAUUCUAAUGUUAUUUAGAUUAGAAUGGAUGAACUUUGUACAUUAUCCCUACGCUAGAACAAAUGGUGCUUCACGUCGUAGAGUAGUAGUCGCUCCGUCAGUCACACGAACUGACCGACAUUUACUACAUGUAAUUAUUAUUCACCGAGUUUACUAGUUACUAUUUUAUAUUCCAAAUUUCGAUUAUUAUGAUUCUCCUACUCGAAAAGGCUGAGAUAAAUAUGUAGUUUGGAGAUUGGCGUGUGUAAUUAAGGACACUGGUUCUCAUUAUGUGUAAGGAAUCGGUCGUAUAAAUAACAUUUAUGGGUAUAUCUUAUACGUCAUGUAGAACCAACUGUUUUGUAUAUUUCUAUUGUUCGUAACUUAAGAUUUUUACAUGCAAUCACUUAUAAAUUUAAUAUCCGUAUAUUUUAUAACAAGCAUUUACCAACAAAGCCGAUUUUUUGUAUCAAUUGCCGUUGACAUAAAUCCAAAUAAUUUCGCAUAUAUAUACCUAGUAGAGAUUUAUUUUUCAUCAUGAUUUCGAUUAUAUUUUGAUAUGUAUUUAAAUAUUAUUUUAUGCUUGUCAAUACAUCAUGAUAAACGAAUAUUUUUCAAAUAUAUCUAUAUCUAUUUAUAAAAAAAAAAAAUCAUUUUUUCUUUAUACGUAGGUGUGUUUGAUGUGUUAUUAUAUAUAUACGAUGUAAUUAAUGUAAUCUUUAGAAUCUCCGUGAUUAUAAAAUUGUAAUUAGAAUUCUAAAAGAGCAUUAUAGCUUACAAACUAGUUUAUAACCAUCAGUGAACGCUGCAGAUAUUGAUUUUUAUAUUGUGAAAUGAAACUUAACGUUUGGUGAUAACGAUCUUUUGAUAAUUUACAUUUUUAUACUCUUAAAGUUAAAUGUUAUUUGUGAAUCAAAUUCUUCCUCGUUAUGCUUGUAUUUUAGUUCCAUGCGAUGUUAUUUAUUAGUAAUAUUAUUCGGCACUGCUAUAAAUAUUUUUAAUACUUAAAGUGUAAAUGCUACAACGCAUGUUCUUGUUAAUAACUUAUCGCCAUUCCUUGUAUUGUUCAUGUUUUACUUGAAUUUUAUAGAAACAUAUGUAUUUUUGUACUUUGUAUUUUUGUUUUAGUGACUAAACCGUUAAAUAUUAUAUUUUUACAUUUGAACAGAAGGAUAUUUAUAUAAGAAUAUUAGCGCACAACUCCAUAUCAGAACUAAAUAACGUAGAACGAAACGCUCAAAAAUAUAUACAUACCAUACUUGUAUAACUAUUCUUCUGUGAAAGGAGGGAUAAAGUUAGAUUUUCGAUGCAUCAUGGCGUUCCACCAACUUCAUUAUAACUUUGUAAAUAUACAGCUCUGUUUCAAUAUCAGUUUAAUAUUAUAAUUAUAAUAAUAAUCAGUCAUUAUACGAACGUAAACUUUGUAACAAUCUUGUAUAAAGUUGUACCUAAAACCUAAGAAUAGUUUGUUCUUAAAUUAUAAGUACAAUACCUAGCAUAUGGCCAAGUAAGCAAUAUAUCACUGUAUUUGAUAAUCUCUGCUAAACACAAAGGAUUGUACGCUUUGUGACGACGAAAAAAUUAUUAUAAUUAUUUAAUACGCCAGAAAAUAAAUACUCACUGUAAUGGCCUGUAAUUUUGUACACCUGAUAAUAUCAUUUACACCAAACCGAUUAAAACAGGAGUUAAAUAUAA